CCUCCAUCACUAUACUUGCUUCAUUCGGUGACGAAUGGGUUAUAGGCGCUUACUCUACAUUACUCUCUCCGAGUAACGCUUGCCGGGUUGCAGCUCUUCUGUUUCCUCGCUGCUCUUGCGCUGCCCCCUUCUUGACGAUGUGCUUAAACCUCCUGUAGAUCAAAGAGCAAUUCUUUGAUAUUUGAUACCGCGAAGCAUGAACGAUAACCAACUCAUCGUCCCUGUAGCGACUCCUCUAGGAUCACUCUACUUUGCUACUAUAGAUGCGGGCGGAACCGUUGACGAUGUGAUUCAAGAAUUGCUUUCUAACGACGAUGCUGUUUCUGAAUUAAUAGGAGACCUUGAGCCGUACGGCUGGGCCUUGCAACGAAUUCGGAGGGAACAUAAUGGACGGCAAUGGGAGGAGGAAGAGCUGGAGCAGCUUGGCAAUGGUUCUGUUGUUUGUGGGCUCUAUAUUCGUUAUACUGACGCGUACGCAUUAUAUAGGCCUGCUAUCGAGUAAUUCUCGCGUUUCCCCACUACUAAAUGCAUCUGGUUCUUCCCCGAAGGCACAGCGACACUUCUCGUCUUUCCCGCUAACGUCUCAUCUACAUACACCGACUUUGCGCCUGGUCUCUCUUCACCCCUUCUUGUCAUUAAGGAUAUCCUUUCUUCGUGUCCCUGAAAUUCAUGACGAUUUUCAAUGGAAGGUUUUCGUUGCUCGAGAAACUAGUGUUCAGGCCAUCAUCGAUCAGACAGUGGAAGAACUCGGGCUUACGAAAUCUCUUGCGGUUCCAGGGGGUGGUGCGCUCGAAUAUGUAUUGGAGGAGGUUUGGACUGAAAAUGAUGCUGAGAAAUCCACGCGCACCCCCUUCAACGCGCAACUCUCCCAUAUAAUCGAAACGCCAUUGAAACCCAAUCCGUUCGGAUCCUCCGCCUCGAGAUCGUUUCGAUUCUCUGUCCCAGAUGAAUGGUACCGUCGUUCUAGAUCUCGCACCUCUUCCACAGCUUCCUUUGAGCCUUCUGAAGAUACAGUGAAGCGCUUGGCAAGCCUUCAGGAAUCGGAAGAGGAGUCUGAGGAAGGGGACGGCACCGCGAAGUUAGGCCAGUCUUCGAGUCCUGAUGCCUCUCCUUCGGUGAAACAAUUUGGGACUGCAAGUGAUUGGCGAAGUUCGAUAUCCCAGAAUCGUCUUUCUAGCAUGUUUGAAGGUUGGAGGCGCCCCUCAUCUCCUCUUGCUUCCAGCGGGGUUUUAUCGUUGGAAAAAAAGAUAGUCAGUGAACCGAAGCCGAUGGAGCAGAGUCAACCUAUCAAUUUAAGUGGGAAAUUUGCUCUGCCACCCUCCGCGGAACUGGAUGACUCUGAGUACUCCGAGUUUGAGCAGAUGCUUGAUGAUCUUGCUCUAAGCGGUGGCAAGCGGGAGGGAAUGUAUAAGCUGCCCAUAUCACAGAAACGGUAUCUAAUAAAACAGCACAAGGAAAAGCACUCAGCUACUCUGUCGAAGGCUUCCGCCUUAAACCGUGGUACCAGUCAUGCCGCGCAGGCUUCGACCUAUAGCCCUGCCAGUAGUUCAGGUCUAAUUCCCCGGCUCGUGCCCCAGUUAACGGGCGAAGCAGGACUGAUGAAGCGCUUCUCUAUUGCGAGCUGGGGAACUACUCCCUCUCCUCCUGAGUCUCGACGUUCCAGUGCCGACCUUGCUGUCAAACGGCAUGAUACUGGCGGACAGGCGAAGAUCAUCAAUGAGGCACCCUCCGAACCCACCCCGAUCCAGCCUCAAAGUACCGGUAGCUUAUGGAGCAGCUGGUGGACGUCCUCCGGAGGCGAUAAAGGACAGAAAGAGGCUGAGAAAAUGCCUAGGUGGUAUGUUGACGGCAUAAGGAGCGAUAGACCCGCGGAUCUGAAGCUCGUGAAGCACCUCAUCUCGUUGCGAGUACAUAUCUCCACAGCAAACUUGGCUUGGAUCGAAGAUUUCGUCGACGAAUCCAAUGGUAUUGAUGCCCUUGGAAAGCUUCUUGCCAGUCUGGUAGCUAAAGGUGGCAAGCGGAAGAAGCUCCGUGAGAUAGAGGAGACAGUCCUUCUUGAGGCGAUCAAGUGUGUUCGCGUCCUCCUCAAUACUGAUCCUGGUUUCAAGAGAGGCAUGUCUGACGCCUCAUUGAUAACACACAUUGCGUACUCGCUGCACGGUGCAUCCACUAAGCUGAGGGCUCUCGCUUCGGACGUUCUGGCAGCAAUUUGUUAUGUUUCGCCAACGGAGGGGCACAAAGCUGUGGUUUCCGCUUUCUCUGACUACCGCAUAGAAUUUGAUGAACUUUUCCGAUUCCAAGAACUCAUUGACUCGUUACGAAUUCCUGACCAUCUUGACGACGCUGAUAACAACGUAGAUGGUGUAGCAUACGGUAACGAUGAAGAAGGUGUAUGGGAAGCUCGCACCGCUUCUAUGGCAUUGGUGAAUGCACUUACCAACUUUCCGGAAUUAUUGGAGGAUAGGAUAUUGCUUCGAGAGGAGUUCACUCGUCGUGGUCUAAACGAGGCAAUAGUGGCACUUCGAUACGUUCGUCCGCCGGAAUCUUUGGUUACCCAGUUGGAUAUCUACACGGAGGAGAAAUUUGAAGAUGAGGAAGACAUGCGCGAGCGCCGUCUGGCCGGCCAUCAUGAGGCUCCAGCGGAAUCCGAUCCUAUAGCGGACGACUUGGUUAGAUUAGCCAAGCAGCUCGAGGACGUAUACCCAGCAGUGAUUGAAGUCCUAGGACAUCUUCAUAAUCUUGUGAACAGUGGAGUUGAUGCCCAACUUAAACACGACAUUUUUUCUAUCCUAAAUAUAUUUCUUUCACAGCUGCUUAGCCUAGAUGAUUUUGACCAGGGGUGGUUAACUCUUGUCGAACGUGUCGGCGAGUCUACACGACAUAUCACAGGCGCAGGAUUGCAAGUCUCAAGUGUAUCUGGAGCACAUGAGUCCCUCGCUGAGGAGGAGCUCGAGAUUUUGAAGAUCCGGUUCGAAGAAGUCAUCAAGGAUCGAGCAUCAUUGCGGGACGAGCUGAACCAACAAACAGCAGAACUCACCACUUUAAGGGCCUUGACGUCAAAUACACCAGGUCCCGCUUCAAAGCUACUAAGCAAAGGAAGUCCAGAGAAUUUCCAUGGGUUAGUUCAACGUCUGGUGCAGAAGGAAAAACAAGUACUUCAGCUUCAAUCCGAGCUUGACAAGCUCCGAAGCCUGAAUCCGGUUGACAACCGAGAAGAGGAGGAACGCGCCAGACGAGAGAGAGAGAAGGUUAAGUGGAAUUCCGUGAUGGAUGAAAUGGCAAAGCUCAAGAUGCAGAUUAACGAAUUGGAAGCAAGUCUUACCAUCAAGGAGAAGGAUGCAAUCUACUUGAAACGCGCUCUUGAAUCGGUCUAUUCUCGCUUCAAAACGCGCGAAGAAAACCGAGAAUCGGAAGUUGAUGCCCAGACGAUUGCAACUCGUGCCAUCGAGAGUUUGACUCAGAAGGACAGCGACAUAGCUGCGCUCAAAUCUGAAAUCCAACAACUGAAGAAAGAGCUUUCGGCUAAACCAAAGUUCAUCACUGAGAGGGAUUAUAAGAAUCAAGUGGCACCUCCUCCACCGCCCCCUGCCCUGAAGCCGCGGCGAUCAAAUACGGAUUCACAAGUUUCGAGUCCUCCACCUCCCCCGCCUCCACCUCCACCUCUGCGUCGAACUUCAUUGGCAUCCCCUGAUCAACCUUCAAGGCCACCUAUACCUACCCCGCCUCCGCCUCCGCCUCCAUCCUCACCCGCUGCGUCUGUUUCGUCUCCUCCGCCUCCGCCUCCCCCACCGCCCCCACCUCCGCGUGCACCUCUUUCGCAGUCUCCUAACGGUUCUCAGUCACAAUCUUACCCUCCAUUUUCACCACUUCUGCCAGCUUCAAGAAUCCCGGGAAUCCCGCCGCCUCCGCCUCCACCACCACCUCCCCCAGGCGCCGGUCCGCCACCUCCUCCGCCACCACCGGUUAUUGGAAACCCAAGGCCCCUCAAGAUUACUCGGCCGGUCAAACGACUGAAACCUUUCUUCUGGAACAAGCUGACUGGACAAGCUGCUGCUUCCACUGUAUGGACCGAUGCCUCUAGCAGUCUUGCCAUUGACCUAGGCGAUUUGGAAGCGACUUUUGCGAUUGAAAAUAACCCGAGCACCUCGGGUUCUCAGCUAUCCGUAGCUUCACCAAGGAAGCAGAACGUCACAACUCUAUUGGACAUCACUAGAGCUAAUAACGUCGCUAUCAUGCUGUCCAGGAUCAAGCUUUCUUUACCUGAGAUACGAGCAGCGCUUCUAGGAAUCGAUGACCGAUUAUCGGUUGACGAAUUACGGGCCAUUAGUAGACAGCUUCCUACAUCGGAAGAGAUCACACGGAUUAGGGACUUCGAUGACGUGGGAAGGCUCGCGAAAGCAGAUCAAUACUUCAGCCAUAUCAUGACGAUUCCUAGGCUGUCCGAACGACUGGAAUGUAUGAUCUAUCGUCGUAAACUGGAAAUCGAGAUAGAAGAAAUACGCCCGGAGUUGAAUAUCGUCCGUAAUGCGUCGCGGGAACUUCGUGCCUCCCUGCGGUUCAAACAAGUACUGCAGACCGUACUCGUAGUGGGAAAUGCUCUUAAUGGUUCUACCUUCCGCGGAGGUGCUCAAGGAUUUCAGUUAGAUGCUUUAUUGAAGCUGAAGGAAACCAAGACUGCCAAAGGAGACGUAGACUGUCCUACAUUGCUUCAUUAUAUCGCGAAAGUACUCCUGCGCAGCGACCCUAUCUUGAUAACCUUUGUCGAGGAUAUGCCGCAUCUGGAAGCUGCAGCUCGAGUCUCGGUACCAACCGUCUUCGCAUCCGUUCAAGCCUUGGUCAUUGGACUUAGGACUAUGAAGGAGGAACUUGUACACCUACCCCAGGUUGCAUCAUCUCAACUAGAAGACCGCUUUAUAGAAGCAAUGCAGCCCUUCGUCAAGGAAGUCGAACCUAGUGUAGCCGCUCUAAGCAAUAUGGUAAACUCUCUAGACUCCGAGCUCAAAUCGCUCUUUGCUUUCUAUGGCGAGGUUCCAGACUCACCUGAGGCGCCCAAAGCGGAGGAUUUCUUUGGCCUCAUCUUAUCUUUCUCCUCUUCACUGCAGAAAGCGGCUUUGGAAAUACACGAUGUCCAAGCUACGUCCACACCGAAGAACCCAGCUCUUGCUGUUAUAUCGCCUCCAACGCCGACUGAGACGACCAUCAAGAGCAAGAGAAAACAGACGGAGACUGACCAGACACUGAAGCCCCCCUCAGAUCCAUAUGAUCGCCCGGGCGGUCGUUCGGCUGGCCGAGGAGAUCUGGAUCAAGCUAUCCGAAGCAUGCGAACUGGUAAACGAAGGGAACGUCCAACUCGUCCUCUCAGUAAGAUAUUUGUUGACGGAGGUACAAGGGCCAGCCGACUGUUUGAGUGAACAUAGAUCUAUUCCAUAUUUCACGUCAUUUGUCAUACCCAUGAUAUCCUGCGCUCCAUGUAUACUGUGUACUUGACUGUAUACCAUGUAAGUUGAUGAUAACGAUUAUGACAACCAUGGUGACUGCAUAGUUCACUGAAGGACACGAUCUAUCCAACUUCGGCCAGGUCGCCAUCGUGCAUGUAGACCAGAAAACGGCAAUGCGGAACAUACUUGUCCAAGGAACCUAGAUAUUAUUGAACCAGACUAUUG